AACUCGUACUAGCAAACGUGGAAGAAAACAUGAACAAGAGUACAAACAAGCAAUAAUCGUUAUGUUAGGGGCUCUCUAGGCGAAGCGACAAGUUCCAACUCGUACGCACUGCUCAUAGAACAUGACUGUGUCAGCUGUAAAUUGGUUCAAAAGAGUGCUCGGCUUUGGGUACGAUAAUCAUCCCUCAAAGCAUGCAAUGUGCCAAUAUUCUCGCUGUUCUCGUAGUCUGGCUAAUUUUUCCAUAUUUUACUUGCAGUUCCCCUUCGUCUCUGCCUUUGAAAUCAAUGUUUCGACCAGCUGAUUGAAUUUUUCUUUUUUGCUUCAAUUCUUCUCAGUCCAUACUUUCGGAGGAGAAGCAAUGGAUUAGAAGGCAUGAUUGUCGCAUCUUUUCUCGGUGUAACAAGCGGUAUUUACAUUUGGAAACCUAUACUGGAAGAAAUGGAGAUAAAUCGAGCACGUCGAGAACUCGAAGAGCGCAGUGCAUCAAAGGAGAGAACCUAAAUUCGAGAAACGGAUUGUAACCUUGAAGCUAUUUACUCAAAUCUUUGAUUGAUCACGCCAUUACGUAUUGCUUAGAUUCCACCUCGAAGAUUUACUAAAAAUUAGUCAAGUUAAGGUAAUAGCUCGGCGUAUUCUAAUACAGAGCACUACCGCCCAUGUUGCUUAGGGAAUAAUUCUUCAGUUCGCGUUGCAUUCGAUCCAUGUCGGCCAAAGCCUCCCAGACUUCCCUAGGUACCGAUCCUUUGUUCUCCUUAGAUUCUAGAUCAAGGAGAAAUUGCUGAACAGUCCAUAUCUUUUGUUGUAAUAUUUUCGACCACAUUUCGUGCUGGUGCUGCUUAGGGGUGAUGGGAAUAGAUGGCGUUGUGCCCACUGCAGGAGUAGUUUGUAACGAGUCGUUGUUUCGAUUCGUGAAGUCUCCAUAGCUUCUCUGAGUGCCAGGAGACUGAUCGUGUCCUCCAUUGUUCGAUAUCGAUGCUUUGCUGCUUGGAUGAGCAACCGAAACAACGGCCUGAAGAGGGUCAAAAGGAAGAUUAUUGUCUCUUCGCGAGGCAGCUUCUUUCCAUUCGACAGUGGUGGUGAUGAUUUUUUUUCGAAGUGAUUCACUUUUUUGGUUCAAAGACUGCCGCAUAUUGUGAAACGAAAACAGCGAGUCCCCCCCCGAAGACGGAGAUCGCUGUUGCUGUGCUGGUCGUAAGUGAGCGUGAGCAUUUUGGUGGUUACGAGGUGCCACUGAUUCCAAAUUCUGCUGCUGCUGCUGCUGCUGCUGCUUCUGGUGUCUCUGUCCUGUAAACGAUCUCGUCGAUGGUAAUUGGAUUGGCCGACCAUUUUCUCUCUGUUCCAUCAAUUUUUCAAGAAUAUCCGUCAACGGAGUAAUAUCCGCAAGUGGAGGCACAUUCAUCAGCAGAUCUAGUGUAUUGUUGUCUGGAAUCAAAAGGCCAUCGCUCAUCAAUAAAAUCCGACCAGCCGACGCAAUUUCCAACGCUUGCAUGAGAUUGUUGUAACUGAAAAGAACAUCCCAAAGCUUGAAGACAUUUUCAUACCCUACUACUUCCCUCGAAAACAUUAAACGAACCCAUCGUGUGCAGUAAAUUGGCGGAGGGGGAAUAUUUGGAUUAUUUGUCAAAUGAUGAUAAAGUGUAGGAUUGUUU